AUGUACCCUCCUCUUCUUCUGUCCUCGUUACUCUCGACAACUUUUGUGCAUGUCGCCUCCGCCUACUUUGGUCAGAAGCUGGCUAUAACAUCGUCCACGGCAAGCGAUGACCUGUUCGCGAUGCAUUACCAUCUUGUCGCACAGGCAGACGGCAUCUGCCAGACUCGUACAACAGCACUCGUGCCAGGCACAACGCUUGAUGUUGUCGUCGUCGCCAAGGGUGAUCAAGUGGAGUGGAAGCUCCUCGAACGAAGUAACACUGGUCCAGUCAGACUGACAAACGUCUUUCGCUUUGGCCAACACGUCUUUGCCCAGCUCGAUGUCAACAUCAUCGGUCCAGAAGGCUGGGCACAACCUGCUUGGACUCGGGAAGAACGUACCUGCUGUCGCAGUGUCACUACCGUCAGCGUCACCCUCGGCGUGAGCACAGACUCAUUCACCAUCGAUAAGCCCACGCAGUCCAGGAUCGUCUGCGGACCCAAUGGCUACUUUCAGCUCUCGACGGAGUGCAAAGAUUACAGGCCUAUGAUCCUGGGGUGCGAAGAAGUCCAUGCGACAGUGAGCGCACACGAUGUGCCGGAAGACCGUCUGCCGAUCAUUCAGGCCUACUCCUGCAUGGCUCGAGCUGCUGGCAUGUGUGAGAUCGUGCACGCGAACGGCCAAUCGCGAUACGAUAGCACGGAGACCGAUCCUGCUGCAGUCACUAUUGUUCUCAUCAGCAAAGUGCAGUAUACUGACCCGCCCUACUUCACGCAAUGGCUCACAUUUGAUCUGGUCAAUGCAAGGAGAGUCCAUUACCUCUCGAGUAGACUGUCCGGAUCAAAUCCAGCGCUUUUCUUCGAAGUAUGGUCACGCAGAGGAGCUGGCCCGAAUCAGCCGGCAUGGUCUGAAAUUGAUAAGCGCUGCUGCUACGCUCGCUUCAAUUGGGGCGUCGAGCUGAGCAUACUCGAACAUCGUGCCGUUUUCGACCUUCAGGAGGAGGCAUUGUCCGUAAGCUGCGUGCCCGAUGGUAAAUCGAUACCCGGCACCUUCUGCUCUGGCGUCUUCCCUGCUAUGGCAGACUUUGCGUGUCGGCAUACUUCGGCAAACAUUGUUGAUCUGCCGCUGGGCGUCAUCGAUCCCGAAGCCUCUCCGCGUGUGGCAUAG